ACGAAAACAUGCUGAUUACAAGACUACUCCGAUUUCUUUCGUUGAUAUGGAAAAUGAAGAAGUUUUACCGAUCGAAGUAAAAGAAUUAACCACCAUUACCGAAGAUGAAUGUACUACAAAUAACUACUACCCACAACGAUUAAAAGAAUAUCUAUCUUAUGAAACAAGUG